AUGGCAGAAGCGUUCAUGUUUCUCGGUCAGACUGGCAGCACAAUUAGCGAGAACACAAACAACCUGGCCACUAAGGGCCAGUUUGGCCAGUGCUGGGGCUUGAGGCGCUAUUUGUACCAAUUACUGUCCGAAAGUGUGCCUAUUAAUGGCAAAGCUGUGGCCGUUUCGACUCGAAGAGCCCAGACAACCCCAGUUCCAAGCCAAGUCUAA